UGUCUGUCCGUCCUCCUCCUUCUACUUCCUGGAUUGCAGCUCACAGACAGGGGGCUGAAGAUUAUUAUCAGUAGUGAGUCGCAGACGUCUCUCGGAGAACAUGGCGCAGCUGACACAGGACCUUGGCACAGCCUUCUUCCAGAAGCAGCAACUGGGUGCUUCCAUAGCGGACACCUUCCUAGAGCACCUGUGCCUGCUGGACAUCGACUCGGAGCCCCUCACUGCCCGCAACACCAGCAUCAUCUGCACCAUUGGCCCAGCCUCCCGCUCGGUGGAGAUGCUAAAGGAGAUGAUAAAGGCCGGAAUGAACAUUGCCCGGUUAAACUUCUCUCAUGGGACACAUGAGUAUCACGCAGGCUCCAUCAAGAAUGUGCGAGAGGCCACGGAAAGCUUUGAUACGAACCCCAAGUUCUACAGACCAGUAGCCAUCGCUCUAGACACAAAGGGACCUGAGAUCCGAACUGGGGUCAUCAAAACGGGUGAAAAUGCAGAGGUGGAGCUGCUGAAGGGCUCGAUCAUUAAAGUGGUGACAGAUGACUCUUUUCAAGAGAAGUGUGACGACAAGAUCCUCUGGGUGGACUAUAAGAAUAUCUGCAAAGUGGUAAAGGUUGGAGGACGAAUCUUUGUGGACGAUGGACUCAUCUCCCUGCUGGUCAAAGAGAUGGUUCUGGACUUCUGUCUGGCAGAGGUGGAGAACGGGGGCAACCUGUGCAGCAGAAAGGGAGUGAACCUGCCUGGGGCUGCGGUGGAUCUCCCAGCACUGUCGGAGCGGGAUCGCCUGGACCUCCAGUUUGGGAUUGAGCAGGGUGUUGACAUGAUAUUUGCUUCAUUCAUCCGGAAGGCACAGGACGUUCAUGCCAUCCGUCAGGCUCUGGGCGAGAAGGGGAAAAACAUUCGCAUUAUCAGCAAGAUAGAGAAUCACGAGGGGGUGAAGAGGUUUGAUGAGAUCCUCGAGGCCAGCGAUGGUAUCAUGGUGGCCCGUGGAGAUCUUGGCAUUGAGAUCCCAGCCGAGAAGGUGUUUCUGGCACAGAAAAUGAUGAUUGGACGAUGUAACCGAGCUGGAAAACCAGUCAUUUGUGCCACACAGAUGUUGGAGAGCAUGAUCAAAAAGCCACGUCCCACCCGAGCCGAGAGCAGCGAUGUGGCCAAUGCCGUGCUGGACGGAGCCGACUGCAUCAUGUUGUCAGGGGAGACGGCUAAGGGCCUGUAUCCAGUGGAGGCGGUUCAAAUGCAGCAUGCGAUUGCUCGAGAGGCCGAAGCUGCCAUCUACAACCAGCAGCUGUUUGAAGAGCUGCGCAGGGUGACUCCGCUGACCCAGGACCCCACAGAAGUGACUGCCAUCGGGGCAGUGGAGGCGUCGUUCAAAUGCUGUGCCGCGGCCUUCAUCGUCCUCACCAUAUCCGGCAGGAGUGCCCAGCUUCUGUCCCGUUACCGCCCACGCGCUCCCAUCAUCGCAGUGACCCGGAAUGACCAGGUGGCUCGCCAGGCUCAUCUGAGCCGUGGGGUGUUUCCGGUCUUAUACCGGGAUCCUCAGCAGGAGGUCUGGGCCGAUGACGUAGACCGCAGGGUGCAGUUUGGCACUGAAGUUGGGAAAGUUCGCGGCUUCUUGCACAAAGACGACAUCGUCAUCAUCCUGACCGGCUGGAGACCAGGAUCUGGCUACACCAACAUCAUGCAAGUGGUCAGAGUGUCGUAGAGCCAUGUCACAAGCAGACGCAGCUAACCCACAGAGCUAGCACUCCAUAUGUAUGCUUCCAGGAUAACCCCGUCAUUAAACAUUAACACAGCUUUA